ACACAUUUCCGCUUCGGUACUUUCUAGGUAAUCAUGUCCCAAAUUCAGCCAUUACUAAGUUACCUAGGCACGCGGAGACUGGGCAUGUUGAGAUGCGAGCAUGCCGAAGCGCUCGACCCCGGAUUCCGGAGUGGGGCACGCCCACAGCCCCCGUCACCUCUCCUUUGCGGAACAAUGAACAACUUUGGCGUCAUCGAGCUAGCCAGCGCGAGGACAACCAACGCCCCCGGCUGGGCCUACGUACCCGACCUCGGGCCGGCCGCCGCCGCAGCAGCGAGCCUCGCGACAGCACCGGGCGGCCGCAAGCGCGGCGCACGCGCGGCUGCGGCUGCCUCCCAAGGAUCCAAGUUCAGCCACGCAGACGUCGACGCGCGGCACGAUGCCAAGCUGCGCAAGGAGCUCGAAGGGCUCGACCGGGACAACCAGCCCCGCGAUGCGGCGAUCUCGGUCCCAGCCUCGCGCAAGAUGAACGCGCGCACGCGACAACAGCAGCAGCAGCAGGGAGGCGGAGGUGGAGCAGCAGGAGGAGGGAGCAGCAAGAACAUGGCGAACGUGCGGCGGAUCGUGCAGAGCCAGAAGACGUUUGCGAACCAUCUGGACGACUACAUCGCGCUGCUGGCGCUCAACGACGGCCAGCACCCGGGGUCGACAGCCGCUGGAGCAGCUGGACUGGCAGGUGGGGUUGCGGGAGGCGGUGGUGGUGUUGGUAGUGGUGGUGGUGGCGGCAGCGGUGCUCGCGCCGCGGGGACAAGCGCAGCUACAAACAGGGAUACUUCUUCGGCGGCGAGCUCGCCCGCGCCGUCUGCUUCGAGGGCGUCGGCAGCAUCUGGCAGCAGUCUCGCGCGGAAAAAGUCUACCAGCAUCCUCGCGGGCGGUGGUGCGUCAUCCGGACGCGGAGGGGGGAGCAAGGGACUGGGAAGCAUCCCGGUGAUCAACAGCAAGAUGUCGUACGCGCGGCGGGAGCAGCUCAUGAAGCGGAUCGAGCAGCACAAGCUGCUCAUGGCGCAACAGGGGCAGGACAAGGCGGAGCCGGAAGCGCCUGCGUCGACUGGUCGCGGACGUGGAGCGGGCAGGAAACAACAGGAGAGUCGCGACGUUGAGAUGGCGGAUGCGCCGGCACCAGCUACCCCAGAGGUGCCAGAGAAGAAGGGUCGUACCACAAAGAGAUCUGCUGCCGCUGCCGCUUCGCCGGCUGCACUACCCACCGGCACAUCACCACCCGCGGCGAAGAAGAGGCAGCAGCAGCAGCAGCAACCAGAUGUCGAUCCCACAGCGACGCCCCUCACGCCAUCAAAGACGAAAACUGAGGCAGAUGCCGACGAACCAGCCCCCGCAGACGAAUUCAAUCCCUCGGCACCGGACGGCGACUCAGACGCCAAGCAAGCGUCGUCAACUGUGCCGCCACCACCGCCCCCUCCGCCGGUAUCAACAUCCAAAAUCCUAGCUCCGCCAGCAAUUCCCGGCCCACCCCCAGAUCCGGAGCUCGACGCUCAUCCGCUCCUCGCGUCCCGCGUUCCUCCACUCCCGACAGACGAAGAGCUCAGACAGCUUCUCGCCGCACCGCCGCUGAGCUACCUCGAGGUCCGCGCGAGCUGGCCCGCUGAAGACAGCAACGGCGGCAGUGGGAAGAGAUACCCGACGCGCCUGUGCGGGUACUGGGGCCGCUGCGGCACACGGGUCUGCGCGCUGGACUGCCUGGACACGCACAAGGAGGAGUGCGUGACGCGGUACGGGUUGUGAGCAGUUUUUGAUGGACGCGUCGGCCCAGGUGGGGAUAAGCCGUGAAGAUCUCCGCGCCGGUCACUCUGUAAUAUACAAUGACGAGAGGGACUGCUUUGGUUUGGAGUUCAGGACAACGGUACCAAGACUAGAGAAUGAUAUUAGACAGACACAAUUUGAUACCCCUUUUGUUUACGAG